GCCAUGGAUGUCCCCAACUAACGCCCACACUGCAUCAGCUAAAAUGCAAACAUGAUCAUACCCAAAUACUGUACCGUGCUCAGGGUGGGGUCGUCAUUUAGAAACUGACAGCUUUACAUAGCCAUUUCAGAUCGCACCAGACAACACAUGCAAAGUGACACUGAUAGCUUGAACUCAUGGGCCAGUCUUUGCAGAAACAUUACCCACCCAAGCUUUUCCCUGGAGAUAUCGUGGAGUAUCCAAGGAACAAAUACUUCUCCCACUUCGCCAUCUACUAUGGGGAGAGGGAUGGCGUUCGCUAUGUGGCUCACCUGACAUCUCGAGAUUCUGACUCCAAGCUCCCGCUUUUUGGUCGGGCCUUAAGGUCAGAAGUCAAGCUGGAUCCAAUUGAGCUGAUUGGGAAGAAGUACAAGGUGAACAACAUGCUGGAUGACUGCUUCCCGGCCAGAGAUUAUCACAGUGUUGUUAAACAAGCCAUUGAUGACAUGAUGGGACAGGAAGUGACCUUUGACAUUUUGUUCCACAACAGCGAGCACCAGGCGACACUCUUCAGAUAUGGAGUAAAGAAGUCACAGCAGAUUGAGAGAAUAUAUGAACACAUCAAGCCUGCAUGGGAGAAGUUGUUUGAGGAGAAGAAGCUGUGAAAGUUCUUCAGAUGACGAUCUCAAUAAUAACUGCUGUAAAUUGACAAUAUUAGAAUAUUAGAUCAUACAGUUUGAAACUCAUUCAUUCAUUCAUUUUAUCAAGUCGUUUUGUUGCUUUCACUGAAAUAUAUUGAAUUUUCCCUUUUAAGAAAACGUUAUAAACUGGUAUAUUUUGACA